GAAAGAUACUAAAUUUUUUUGAUAAGCACUUCGCCAUUAAUAAUAAAAAAAGCAGGUCCAAGGGAUAAUUUGAAGCAUCUUCACAAGAGAGAGAGUCAAAGGGUCAAUUUUCUUCCAGUGAAAAUAAUAAAUAUUACAUAAACCUCCAAAACUUUUCUGGUCAGAAUUUUAGGAAAUUUGAUUAUGGAUUUUUUUCGCCUUUCGCCAUUAUAAAGGUUUGCCAGUUUUGCCUUUUCUCCUCACCAUUCUCAAAUUUUUUCCCCAAUCAAUUUCCUUUGUUUUUCUCCGCUGAAGAUGUCGGAGCCCCAGAUUCCAGACCCUGCUGCCCCGACCGCCGACCCGGCCGCGGGCUCGCCGGUUGAGCUGCCGGCCGACCCUCUGUUGGGAUCCGAGUCGGUCAUCGAACCUGACAGUGCCGAACCCGAGACGGCGGCGCCGGAGCAGAAGCAGGAGGAGCAGGUGCCUGAAGACGAGGAGGAGCAUAUCCCGAAUGUGGAGUUCGACCCGGCUGUGGCGAUUGCGGCGCAACCAAUUUCAAUGCUGCGGCCAGGAGAGGAGCCAGUGUCUGUGGAGAAGACGCCGCGGAGGAGGAGCAUGGAGGAGAUGUCAGUGAGGCCGAGCUGGUUGCCGGAGGAUUGGGAAAUGAGCUUGAGGGUUCGUGCGUCUGGAAAUAGUGCUGGAUUCAUUGAUCGAGGUUACGAUUUCCAUCUUGAAACUAAGUACUACAUUGAACCAACUGGACAUCGCAAGUUUCGUUCGAAGAAUGAGGUGCUUCACUUCUUAGAAACGGGCAGUAAAAGGAAAAGACGUUCAACUCCUGGAGCAGCUUCUGAGCCUUCUGAGAAUUCUGGCAAACAAAACAAGUCUAACAAGAAAAGCAAGAAGUCUGCAGCUGUGAAACCUGAUGCUACUCCUCUGCAGAAUGAUUCAAACGGCAUUAAUGCGGAUGGUAGUGGGUAAGGACUGUAGUGUGUUAGAUAGUAGUGCACAUGACAUGGGAUUGCUGAAAAACUGUUGAGACCUCUAACUUAAGGCUUCUUUUAUUUUUCGGAUUAUGUGGCCACAUAAUGUGGCCUAGAUUGUGUUGUUGAAUGGUAGAUUAUUUUUCUUCUUUUUUCACCUUUUCUGUCACCUGCACAAGAGCUUAUAUAGGACUCAGACUUCGUCUGUGUCUAGUGAUUGUGAGCUCCCUUGGGUUCACUACUUUUCUUUUAUAGGCAGGUUAAAAGGUAUCUGUAGUUUGAAUCUUUCUGAAAGCAGUCUUGCAGGAUAUAUGUACUUUACUUUUUGGAAGAUUAAAUUAAAUGAUUCAGUGGAUUUUUGUGAUGACCCUCUUUAGAUUUUAUUUGAAAA